AUGACGCAAAAGCUUCUUUUCGGCUGCCUCUGCAUUGCCCUGCUGUCUCUGAGUAGUCGCACGAUUCAAGCUGUGCCAGUCUUCGAAUCGAUUGUAGCGAUGGAAACUUCAGGCGCCUUUGAGCAGCUUUCCCACCGCUACAGCGUGCCGAUUAGUGCAGCUUCAAACUUGGUGAAGAGGUUCCCCAUCGAUGGUAAUCCAUUUGCAAGAUUCUUCUUUCCCGACCAGCCCCCUGCCGAGCAGGAGCCACCAACAAAGCACCCGAAGAAGGAGUGUCAUUUGUCCGACCAUCCAAAUCCCUUCUGGACUGGUCCUUGGCGCAAGAUGCCCCAGUGCCAAGAGUAA